ACGAAAUCAUUUGGAAAUAAAGAAAACUCUGCAAAACCCGGAAGCAAAACCCUGAACAGGGCAACCACCGACUACCCACGAGCUUCGGAUCUCAGGUAUCAGACGCUUAGCCACCUUCAUCGGUAACUCCACAGCUCACUGUCCAGCCCUUCGUUGCUCACCUUCGGCUUCUUCCUCCCCUAGACAGAAUCAGCAAAGCAAACACCUUCGUCGGCGGCUCUACAGCUCACCGUCCAGCCCAUCACCGCUCACCUUCGGCUUCUUCCUCCAUUGGACAAAAGCAGCAAAGCAAAACAUAACGGAAUCAACAGAUCGUCACCGUCUGCCUCACUCCUCCACCUAUCACCUCCUUCUCCUUCCUCCACCAAAUGGAAACGACAAAGAAAACAGAAAUUGCAGAACAGAUUGCCCCCCAGAAGCACCGCCUCAUCUUCUCCGUUGCUUCCCUUCUUCUCCUGCCUCCACCGAACAAAAGCAGUAGCAGAAAUCAAAAUUGGCCUCAUCUCCUCUGUAGCAACUCACCUUUUCAAUUUUACAUGUGUUUUUUUAGUUGACCGGUUGGAUCGGUCGGGUGAACCGAUUCAACUAGUUGGUCAGAGGUGAUGGGAUGGUCGGAGUCAGGCAUUUGGUUCUUGCCAUUUUGUGGGAAGGAGGCAAACUUAUUGCUGGAAAGGUUGGUUAUAUAUUUUUAGUGCAAAAAAAGAGAAAAAAAAAAUAAAAAAGAAAAAAAAAAAGGCCUCAGCAUUUAAUCUUGAAAAAUUUUGGUUAUAUGGGACUUGCGUAUGCAAACCAAGGUUAUCUAUUUUUAUUUUAUUUUUAUGAAUGUGUCUUACUAAGUGGGAAUUGGAAUGUGAAUUGUAGAAAUCUGUAACACUGAGGCUUAUCUUCUUAAUUUUGUAUUUACAUGUCCAACAGGGAAAGGAAAUACUUAAGGAUUUUGAUCCUUUUAGCUGGUCUGAGUUUUCUGAGGUCUUUGUGAAAAAUUUCCUAGAAGGUAAAGAACAAACAUUUUGUGUUGACUUUUGUAUUCUAAAUAAAAGUUCGAGGGGAUAGGCAGUAGUUGCCAUUUCUUUCGCUUCAAGUAUGACACCUAAACACAUGGCCUUGUGAGUCGCUUGGUAAUGGUGUGUAUCACCCAACUCAUGGGCUUGGACUGGGUUCAAUCCUCCUUACCCCCAAAAAUUGCCCUUGAUAAAAAAAAAAAGAGUAUGAUACCUAGUGGAAACUGAAAGUCGUCCAAAUUACAGUCACAAAAUAAGUCAGACAUGAUGUG